GUUUCCAGGAGUUCCCAGGUGUUCCCAAAUAUUUUCAAGAGUAGCCAGGUGAUUCCAAGAAGAUUCCAAGUGGUUUCCAGGAGUUCCCAGGUGUUUCCAAGUAUUUCCAAGAGUAGCCAGGUGAUUCCAAGAAGAUUCCAAGUGGUUUCCAGGAGUUCCCAGGUGUUUCCAAGUAUUUCCAAGAGUAGCCAGGUGAUUCCAAGAAGAUUCCAAGGGGUUUCCAGGAGUUCCCAGGUGUUCCCAAAUAUUUUCAAGAGUAGCCAGGUGAUUCCAAGAAGAUUCCAAGUGGUUUCCAGGAGUUCCCAGGUGUUUCCAAGUAUUUCCAAGAGUAGCCAGGUGAUUCCAAGAAGAUUCCAAGGGGUUUCCAGGAGUUCCCAGGUGUUCCCAAAUAUUUCCAGGAGUUUCCAGGUGUUUCCAGGAGUUCCCAGGUGUUCCCAGGUGUCUCUGGGCAUGGCGGUGUGCCUGCAGGUUGUGGGUUUGAUAUUGGGCGUGGCGUCCUGGUGCCUGGCCUCCAGCUGCACCUCCUCCCAGCUGUGGAGGGUCAGGAGUCAGGUGGAGUCCGUGAGCAGCAGCCAGAGACAGUUUGAGGGGCUUUGGAUGAGCUGCGCUGCCUCAUCGCUGGGAAGCCUGCAGUGCAUCCGCUUCAAAACCACCUUAGGACUCCCAGUCCACCUGCAGGUGUGCCGGGCUCUGAUGAUCCUCUCUCUGAUGCUCGGACUCUCCUCCACCAUCGUCUCCGUCCUCGGACUCAAGUGCACGAAGAUCGGAAGAAUCUCGGAGAGCGCCAAGGAGAAGAUGGCCCUGACCGGAGGACUCCUGUUCAUCCUGUCCGGUGUGUUUUCUCUGAGCGCCGUGUCCUGGUACGCGAGCAGAAUCAUCCACGAGUUCCACGACCCGCUGUACGGAGGAGUCAGGUUUGAGCUGGGCACUGGUCUGUAUUUUGGCUGGGCCUCCGCAGGUAUGGCCAUACUGGGAGGAUCGAUGCUGUGCUCCUCCUGCAGGAAGACAACUCCUCUUCCCUCUGCACGGCACUUUUCGUACAGCCUCUCCCCGACGACGGGAGGAGAGCAGAUCUAUAGAGCCGCUCCGCCCUCACAGAGCAGCUCCAAGGCAGCUUACGUCUGAACAACAUCUUAAACACUAACAGAUACUGCAGGAAUGAGUCCUAGAACCAGGGAAUGAGUCAGCAUUUCAUCACUUCCUGUCCCCUGGUCUGGAGGUCAAUGUGUUUUUGGUUGUUAUCCUGAAAUAAGGUCUUAACACAAGCGGAAGAGAUUUAAAAAACGCUAACAAGCUAACAACAUCAGACCUCUGUGAGUUGGCCACUUUCUGGUUUCAUCUAAAACGUGUAAACAAUGGGUUCAGCUUCCACAAUAAACCCCCAAACUACUCUAAUGUUAUCCAAAUCAGCCAAUCAGAUGUUGAGCUGUUAUCCGUAUGGGUGAUUAUGCUAAUUAACGCUAAUUACAGCAGAUUAUGCUAAUUGUAUCUGGCAGUUUAUAGUCUCUACAUUUCUGAUGUAAACACAUUCUCAAAAUGUCUUAGAGAGCUGAGGAAUGAGUCCUAGAACCAGGGAAUGAGUCAGCAUUUCAUCACUUCCUGUCCCCUGGUCUGAAAGUCAAUGGCUCUCUGAAUGUGUUUUUAGUUGUUAUCCUGAAAUAAUGUCUGUGGUUAUCACAAGCUGAAGAGAGUUUAACCUUUUGUUCUAAAAUACAUCAGUAAAUACCCAGCUGGUGGAUUUAUAAAAACGGAUGUUGCUAACAAGUGUCUGAAUACAACACACACACACACACACACACACACACACACACACA